CCGCUCCGAGCCUCCAUUCCAAUUCCAGCAAGCCCCGUCGAGAGACGAAAUCAUCCUAUUCCAUAUCCAAAUCCGACUGAGUGCCCUUUGCACUUCCAGAGCCGAUCACACGCCCCGGCGGACAGGGACACGCCAUCGAUUCGUUUCGAAUUCGAAUACACGGCCGGUCACCAGGCUGAGCAAAGAAGAACAUGAUGGCCGUCGACGUCUCCUUCCCCCUCCCCCCCUCCCAGUUCUCAGUCCCUCAUAGCGUACAGGUCCCCCUCAGACGCUCCUCUCGCCUCGCCCAUGGCGCACACUCUAUAUUCGCGCAUAGCCACUCCUACCCCUCCCCCUUCCCACAGCGCAGGAAGCGUCAGCGCUCAGACCAUACGCUGGACGCCGACGACCGUGACAGCGACCGCGAGGUAGACCCACUCACCCCUAGGGCCCUCCGUGCCCUCAAGCGCGCUCGCCUCUCACCCGUCGUCGACGCCGUUUCCACCGACUUACCCCCGCAACCCUCCAUCCACCGCACCAGGCGACGCAAGGAGAAUGUUACCGUAGAAGAUGACAUUAUCAAGAGACGUGAGGAUACCAAGCGACAUGCCACGAAGCGACCUCCAUCACCUCCUCAUGCGCAGCAGCAGCCCGCCACGCCAUUAUCUACUCAACGGCUUCAGAGCUCUGAUAAGCAAGUAUUCUCUUUGCCAUUGGAUACCGACGAUGAUGCAGCGUCGCACCCGUCAAAAUCACCACCGGACCUAUCAUCGACGAAACCAAACUCACAGCAGUCAACUGCAGUUCCGAGAUCUAUAACACCCGCAUUGGUGGUUGUGGAUGAACUCAUGCAGGCCGUCGCCCAGGACUCUAGAUCCGCUUCAUCGUGCUCCCCUCUCACGCCUCUCACGCCUUCUCCAGAGUUGAUCCCAACACAGUUGCCACACUCACCACCAUCUAACACUGUUUUCGAUGAGGACUCACCGUCCGGAAUUAUAUCCCCCAGUGAGAAUGACUUCGCUAUGAACAUCUCUGAGUCGACUGCCGCUACUUCAUUUACCUCGCAAUCUUCAAAUGUUGGAUCAUUUUGCGAGGCAUCUCUUACCGAGCCUUUAUCACCAUUACUUGGGUCUAGCGAUUCGUUGAUCACGGGCCCUGCUUCCUCGGAAACAUCCAUGGACACGGAUAACUCUUAUUCUGCUUCGGAAGAGGCCUCCCAACGCGUGUCGUCCUCGUCUGCUGCUCGAGCCUGUCGCGAAAUUAACAUCUGGAAGCUCGCUUGCCAAGAACGUGUUGAUAUCAUGGUCCGUCGAUAUGGUCCAGAAACCAUUAAAGCACUCGUAGCCGCCGAAGCCACUCACCCCGACGAUCACCAUUCAGCGACAUCCAUUGAGUCUUCGGAGGCUCCCAUUGCUGGGCCCGGCCCCAAUACCACGCGCUUCAGGUUGUAUACCCCCGCAAAUUACACGUAUGGCUCGUCAUCAAUUGGUGGCGACGAGGAAGAUGAUGACCUUGGCUAUAAUUCCACUCACCGCUCUUCCCAUGAGGACGAGAUUGAGUGUGAUUACGAGGAAGAGGAGGAUGAUGACGACUAUGAGGACUUUGAGGAUGAUUUUGGAGACGCUGAGAUGGAGACAAGCGGUGACGCUAUUCCGAGCGUAACCUCAAAUCCCGUGUCGAAUGAGAACGCAGGCUCAACCGGUAAUACUGCCCCCGAUGACAAUUCGGCUGGCCACUCGUCUAUAGGCUCCGAGAACGAGAUACCGCUUAGCGAGGUCCCAGCACAAGGGCAUGGCCAGGAGUCCAGUACUGGCACCACCCGGCUAGACUUGGGCCCUGAUCCUGCGUCGUGCAAUUUUAGCACGAAUUUUGACGUACCAUUCUCUGCCGAGUCGCCAUCUCCCCAAUUUGUUCCUCCUGUUGCUCAGUCCCAUACCCCACCUCAGGAGGUUCCGCAGAACCUGCCAUCUUCGUAUCCCGAUCUGUCGUCCAACGCAGCCUAUCCUCAGGGGCCCUCUUCUCCACAUUCCCACUUCAAUUACCGAGCGCCUCAAGAUGCAGCCCUCUCUCGGUUCCGUACCCCAUUACGUGUUCCUCGGCUUUCUUCGCUUCAGGUUGCUGUUCUAUCUGAACCUCCACGAGCGUUCAUGGGCCGCGGUACUCCCCCUAGCAAGCAGAGAGCUUUUGAUUGGGCAUCAGGAUCUCCUUUCGACGACACCUCGAAGAUGGGCUAUUCCAGGAUGCCUGUGUACUUGCACUCACCUUCACCGCCUCCCUCUCCUUCGCCACUCUCUUGUUCUGCGUCAGGACCUAAUUUUAUCCAGCCGUCUUCGCAAUCGGAGCUAGGAGCUGCUUUUGACUUGGGUGUAAAUCAGAAUCCUGGACCUGGAGAAUGGACGUCGUUCUUAUACGCCAUGCUCGGAAAUGACAACGGUCUCCUCCCUGGAUCAUCGACGUUGACCACGGAUACGCAGUCAGGAGUGCCAAUGUCCGUGCAGGAUAACCCUGCUGGUUCAGGGGCAACCUGGUACGGGAUGGGUCUUGGGGAUGCUAGUGCAGAGCAUGCGGGCGUGGCGAUGCCGCCGUCUCCCAUUCCGAGUGAGGGCGAAUCAAGUGAACUGCGCUUCGCCCUGGGCUAAGGCAGUCUUAUAUAUCCUGCCACGCCCCUACCCCGAGAAUGGUGGCAGUUUGAUGUGUGGACACGCGCGCCGCAUUUCAACCUUGUCAUCUCGCUUCUGAUACCAUACCCGUGCUGUUUUUAUUUGUCGCUGUUCCCCGCUCACCUCUCACAUCAAUCUUAAUAGCCGCCUGACCAUCCAUACCUUAUAUCAUCUCACCUCUGUAGCCAUACGAUACCAUACCCACUCUGGAUCCGCUGUUCACUUGCUGUUUAUCUUGGUCUUAC